AUGGCCGCCUCGUUCCAGCUUACUUCCACGGCGGGCCCAGAGGAUAGUUCGCAGCAGGCGCGGGGGACUCGGAAAUGGUCAAUUGGAGGCGUUGAAGUAGACAUGCACCACUACCUUGUUCUGAAAGAUUGGGAUAUCCAUGUUGACGAUGAUGGCCAAUUGGUCACAUUGGCGAUGUCGGAUAUUCGAGGUUCUGAAUUUGAAAAUUGA